AUGCUUUAUCUUUUGGUUCAAGUUAAUGAAAGUAUUAAGUGUGUUAUUUCUGAACGUGUAGUGAGUAUAGAAGCCAUAGAUAAUAAAUUUUCUGACCUUUUUGAUGCAAUAACAUUAGGACAAUAUAACGAUAGGGAGGUUAAAAUUUUUAUUAGACAAGAAAAGUCUGAAAACUGGCGAGAAGUUGAUAAUGGACUAAAAGGAGACUUAAAAAUACUAGAAGUUUUAGGGUUUUUGCGAGUUAAAUUUUGUUUUGUUGAGUCAAAUUUAAAUACACAAGAUAUUCCUAUUCCGACUCAAAAUAGAGAAAGUGCUUUUAGCAUUUUAAUGCAAAAUUCAAGAAAACUUUUACUUCCUCAACGUAUUACUGAAUAUAAUAAUUGUGAUCAACUUUAUAAUGAAAUUAUCGAACUUCUUCAAGAUCUAAAAGUUGGCUGGAUGGGUGGUGUGCACGAUACGAUUGGCAAAAUAUUUGUAAAUCGUAUUAAGGAUGCAAUCUGGUAUAUUGAUCCACAUCACUCCACAUUAAAUGCACGUUCAUGUCACUUGCCUAUCCUUUUCACACAACUGAAAACCUAUCAAGAUGGUGAUACAUAUAACCAAUAUUACCAUUCCGGUCAUCAUAAAAAAAUUCAAUUGUCACAACAUAAACUUCUUCAACUUUCAAGUUUUCUUGGAUUAUCUAUUAGUCAACCAUGGGCAAGUAAUGAUAUAUGGAAUCAAGUAGUUCCAGCAAUUCUUUCGCUAAUUGGAAUUCUGGAAAAAUAUGUUCAGUAUCUAAAUGAAGCUACUAUUAUUAUGACCAAGCAUCACCAUUGUGAUGAAAGUGCUCGCGGUCCUGAAAAUAACUGUAUUAUGUAUCGGACUGCUGCUUGUAAACGUGAUAACCUCAAAGAUAAAUAUAAACAACUGAACAAUCUUUUAUUUGAAAAACAAGUUUAUGAACAUGUUAACAUUCAGCAAUAUCUUCCAAAUGAUGUUAUGAAAAGAUACCGAUUUAUAAAAGAAUUGCAGCUCAUGUUUCCAAUAGGCAUAUAUAGGUAUCAUCAAGGCAGUCAUUUGGGAACCAUUAAUUUUGUAUGGAAAAUUCCGGAAGCUGAAGAAUUUAAUGAUGAACAAAAUGAAACGUUGAAAGUACGAAUGCUUGCUAGGAUUCACGAAGGUUUACCUCAUUAUUUUACACGACAAAUGCAAAAGAAUGUGCUUAAUAAGAAAGUUACACCAGCUGUACUACGUAUGCUUCAUUUUGAUCUCACUGGUAAUGCUGCCGUAUCUUCAAAUUCUAUCAGUCGUGAAGUAGAAGAGAGAUUACAAUUGAUGUUAACUUUGGCAGAUCCCACCAUUAUAUCUGAUUUGCGAACAAAUAAUGGUUUUGAUGGAACAAAAUUUAAUAUAUUUUGGGAUGAAACAGAAGCAUAUUUCAAUGAACAGAACUUGCUUGCAGUAGAUGAACGGAGACAUGAAACUAUUCUAUACAUGCCAUUAGCCUUAUCUGUUCGUGAUCUUCGUGAAAUAAUAAUGGAAAAAUUAUAUAUCAUCCAUGGUAAUCCUCUUCCUUUUACUAUUCAUAUUCCAUCAGAAGAAUGGAUCCGCCUACAGUUUUGCCCUACAAAUGCUAUUGCAACACGAUCUAUACAUCACACUGGUCGAUUCAACGUAAAAUUUAAGGUACAAGGUCGGUUGCUUCAGAAAAAUAGUGAUGAUGCACAUUAUUGUGCAGCACUUUUCCGGUAUCUUAGAGAAUAUUGCAUUAAGUACCAUCAGUGGACUUGUUUGAUUUCUGCAGAUGACAAACAUAAAGUUCCUAUUGGAGAAGAUGUUGCAGUUUCUACAGGUGUACGAAACCGGCGCUCUAUGGUGGAUCAAAAUAGUACAUUGGCUGCUGCAGAUCAUGACUUCACAAAGCUAUCUUUAACACCAUCAGUUACGUUUUUCAUAUCAAUCCCUGAGGAUAUUUUUGGAUCAUUUUAUGAUGGUCAAGUUUUUGUAUCUUAUAAAGAUACAACCUUUGAGCCAAGUUCUGCCAUCAGACAUUCAACUGAGUUUUUAAAUGCACUUAAUAUCCAAUAUGAACAUCAAGUAACGCCACCAAUACUAUGCCUUUAUACUGAUGGAGGGCCGGAUCAUCGAUGCAAUUAUGGAUCUGUGCAGAUUGCAUUGAUUGCUCUUUUUCUACAGGGGGAUUUUGACAUGCUCAUUGCAGUUCGCACUGUGCCCAAUCAUAGCUGGACAAAUCCAGCUGAACGUAUUAUGAGUAUCUUGAAUUUGGGUUUACAAGGUGUAGCACUUAAGCGUAAUCAGAUGAGUCCUGAAUCUGAAGCUUUGUUUGAAACGGCAAAUACCUUAGAUGAUAUACGUAAAAAGGCUCAAGAAUUUAAUGAAUUAAAUUCUGAAUUAAUAGAGAGUAUAGCAAAUAUUCAAGACAUGUUAAAUAAUCGAACAGAACGGCUAGUAUUAAAAGAUAAGAAAUUCAAAUGUCAUGGAUCAGCAAGUGAAGAAAUAAUUACUAAAUUAUUUGAGAAGUCAAUUUUUGUUAUAGACCCCACUUUGAAAAUUGACGAAACCACACAAUCGCAAAUACGUCGUCAUUCUGCAUUGAUUGAAUUUAUGGAUACUCAUUGCCAUGCGCGCGCCUAUAGUUUUCAGAUAAAAAAGUGCAAUAAUCCUACUUGUCCAUAUUGUAAACCAAUUCGUCUUCCUUCACAAGAAUUUCAUGAUUUGAGUUUUCUUCCAGAUCCGAUCCCUUCGCAAGAGAAUACUGACCAUUACGCGGCUUUUCAAAGUGUCUAUGGAACUGAAACUACCGAAGAAUAUAGACCAACAUAUAUGCAAUCACAGGCGAACGCAGAACCUAUUCCAAAAUCUAUUCUAGUUGUAGGGAAAAUCCGUGGUUAUAUUGAUUGUGAAGAUUGUAAAAAGCGUCGCUGUGUGUAUAGUGACAAAUUCUUGAAUAGUGACGAACAACAAGAUUUUCAACAAGUACUAGAGUCAUAUUCAUACUCCUGCGGUGCACCAAUUUUUCCUGAUGAUCACUACUUGAAAGAAGUAGUGUUUGUACGAACACGUAUCAAUUGUGACUCACCAAUUGAAGUAUUGUAUUAUUCAAGCCGUAAAUCAGGAAAUUAUCCAAUUUGUUACUAUUGUGGAGAAAGUGAAGGUUUGGUGGCACCUCCGGAAUCUUUGAAACAGCGUUUCAAACAAAUUUAUCCACUAUGUGAGAUGUGUAUAGAGAAUAGAAAAGGUUUUCAUACUAAAGGAGAGAUUAAGACUAACGGACGUGCCUCAAAGCGCCGUAAAACAUAG